GAAUAAUGUCCGAAGCUGUCACUCUCCUCCUCUCCUGUGGAUGGCGCCCCUCCGAGACAGGCUUGGACGAUUUCAUGCAGUUUCGUGUGCAACAAAGUGCCGAGCUUGGCAGCUAGCGAGAAGAGCAAACCAACCCUUCAGAGAUUGUUUAUCUUUACAGCGUUUUCAAACAGUUUUUCAGUUAUUUCUAAGCUUUCAGCGGCGUAUUGAAAGUUGUAAACGAACGGGAAGUAACGCGAUUCAAUCAUCGGACGGUGUUAGGACGCUUUGUGGAGGAGCAAGGUGUUUUUUUUUAAUAGAAAGGCAGGCGUAACGUUAGCGAGCUGGCGUAGAAGAGAGAGAACCAGGGCUACGCAGCGAGUCGGUCAGCCAGGGAGAGCCGGGAGGACUACGGCACAGCCGCCGCCAGCGCCACGGGGAGUCGGGGCCCGAGAGGGAGCCUGCCAGGCCCUCGGCUUGAUGCACCCUGCCUGCUUCGCCUCAGCAGCAGUCCGAGAUGGGGGAGACCAAAAUUAUCUACCACCUCGACGACCAGGAGACACCAUAUCUGGUGAAACUGUCGGUGCCGGCGGACAAAGUCACUCUGGCAGACUUCAAAAAUGUCCUCAAGAAACCAAAUUACAAAUUCUUCUUCAAAUCUAUGGACGAUGAUUUCGGGGUGGUAAAGGAGGAAAUAUCUGACGACAACGCUAAGCUGCCCUGUUUUAAUGGACGUGUGGUGUCAUGGUUGGUCUCUGGAGACGGGGCCAACACAGACGCAGGCUCAGUGGCAGAUAGUACAGAAGCAGCACCGCCUUUGGAGAGGACCGGGGGCAUCGGAGACUCAAGACCACCUUCUUAUCAUGGAAAAGCAGCGAGCGGUCGGGACAGUUUGGACAACGACACGGAGACUGGCUCCAUGGUGUCGCAAAGGAGAGAGAGGGAGAAGCCACGACGGAAACACUCCAACGACCAAGGUGGAAGGCAGAACGGCUUCUCAUCGCGUUCAAUGGGACGUGGGGGCCCAGAGUACGACAGCUGCUCUUCCUUCAUGAGCAGCGAGCUGGAGUCUACUUCCUGUUUCGAUUCAGACGAUGAUGACGCGACCAGCAGAUUUAGCAGCUCCACUGAGCAGAGCUCCUCUCGUCUAAUGAGACGACACCGCCGCCGCCGACGGAAACCUAAGGCCUCCAAUAUAGACAGGUCUUCGUCGUUCAGCAGCAUCACAGACUCCACCAUGUCUCUGAACAUCAUCACUGUCACUCUCAACAUGGAGAAGUACAACUUCUUGGGCAUCAGUAUCGUGGGUCAGAGUAACGAGAGGGGAGAUGGAGGAAUCUACAUCGGCUCUAUCAUGAAGGGAGGAGCUGUGGCUGCAGAUGGACGCAUAGAGCCUGGGGACAUGCUGUUGCAGGUGAACGACAUAAACUUUGAGAACAUGAGCAAUGACGAUGCAGUUCGAGUACUGAGGGACAUAGUGCACAAGCCAGGCCCCAUUACUCUGACUGUGGCCAAGUGCUGGGACCCAAACCCUCGGAGCUGCUUUGCUCUGCCCAGGAGUGAGCCAAUCCGGCCCAUUGACCCAGCGGCGUGGGUGUCCCACACGGCGGCUAUGACCGGGGUGUACCCUGCGUAUGGCAUGAGUCCUUCCAUGAGCACCGUCACCUCCACCAGCUCCUCCAUCAGCAGCUCUAUCCCUGAGACUGAACGAUUCGAUGACUUCCACCUCUCCAUCCAUAGCGACAUGGCAACAGUUGCUAAGGCCAUGGCCUGCCCAGAGUCGGGUCUGGAGGUGCGGGACAGGAUGUGGCUCAAGAUAACCAUCGCUAACGCCUUCAUCGGUUCUGACGUGGUGGACUGGCUUUUCCAUCAUGUGGAAGGGUUCUCAGAUCGGCGAGAAGCACGUAAAUACGCCAGCAACCUGCUGAAGGCCAGCUUCAUCCGACACACAGUCAACAAGAUCACCUUCUCUGAACAGUGCUACUACGUCUUCGGAGACCUCUGUGGCAACAUGACCCAUCUGUCUCUCCAUGACCAUGAUGGUUCCAGUGGGGGUGCCUCAGAUCAGGACACUCUCCCCCCUCUGCCCCAUCCCGGGGCGGCCCCCUGGCCCAUGACUCUGCCCUACCAGUUCCCCAUUCCGCACCCAUACGACAUGCAGCAGCCCUUCCAUGGUGGACUAGGCGCUGGCAGUGCAGGAAGCCAGCACAGCGGAAGCAGUGGCUCUAACUGCAGUAAGAAUGAGGGGCGGAAGUCCGGCGGCAGUGGCAGCGAAACUGAGAUCAGGAGCCACCGAGCUCCAAGCGAGCGCUCAGUGGCCCCCCCUAGUGAGCGAAGCAUCCGCAGCUCUCUCAGCCACCGCAGUGCCAACUCCCACUCAAAGGCCUACGGUCCGGGCCUCGUCUAUGGCCCCCCCGGCCUCCCCCCCCAGCCCCCACAUCUGUCUACAGCUGCACCUGGUGCCCCACCAGGCAGAGAGCUCACUACUGUGCCCCCCGAGCUCACUGCCUCACGCCAGUCUCUGCGCAUGGCGGUGGGCAAUGCCGGAGAAUUCUUUGUUGAUGUGAUGUAACGCAGGUUGUAGGCCGAUAACAAAGUAGCAGAUUUUCUCGUGUCAUUAUAAGACUGAGAAGGACAGCAUGACAGGACAGGAGGGAGGGAAGAUUUCAAAAGCUGUAAGCCAAGGCCUUGAUUCCAUGCUCCUAAAAGCAGAAGUGGAACCAACACUGUUGUGUAUGUUGAGAGAAAAUGUUCCUCCUCCCUUGUGCUUUUCUUCCUAGCAGUAGUGGCCAUACUUUCUUCAGUGAAGAAACCCCCUCACUCAAGAUGGAACCAAAGCGCCUUUCUCAGUUUCCGCUCCUCAGUGGGGAAGAGUUUGCGUAAGGACAAAGGGCAAAAGAGGGAGGGAGGCGGUGGAAACAGACAGCUGGGGAAGAUGACUCAGCGCUUUUUCUAGCGUUUUUCAUUUGUUCUUCUCUUAACUCUUCCCUCCUCUCUGCCUCGCUUAUCUAACAUUCUCUGUCCUCCCCCACCCCUGUUCACUUCAAAAACUGAGAGAAAGAAGCCUCUUCCCUCCUUCCGUUCUUUCAAAUCCCACUUGCUGACCUCCUAACAAGAAAAAAAAAAAAACCUGAAAGAAAACUCAAACGAACACUAACUGUUAACAUUAUUCAGACUUUUUAAAUGUUUGCUUGACUUAAGAGAGAAAUAAAUGGAAAUAAAUGUGUAUGUAGUGCAAGAGAACCGCAGUCCUUCAAACUGUAAGAAUGCAUUUGUUUUAUUAUAUUCGUAGUUGGUCACAACUAGUUUCAUUUUUCAAUGCUAAACAUGAACAUCCAGCUUCAAGAGUCAUUUUUACACUACACAACUGCGUUUUCAUGUGUUAACCAGAGCAUUUUCAGACUCUGUAUUGUGAUAAUAUAUAGUGGGGGAAAUUUUCUUACCAUGUCUUUCACACUACUCUUUUAUCAAGGAACAAAUGUCUUUUUAUUUAUAAAUAUAGUUUUAUGACUUAACUUUG